AUGACUAAAGUGGUGACAAUGCGAAUAAGGUUUCCCAAGACAUAUCCUGUCAUCUACAAAACGCUUCGUGUUGACGGCGAACUUUCUGUAAAGGGGUCGAUCGAGUUUAUCGCAGAGGCGUUGCAUAUGCCACCAGACGAAGGUAUUGGAUUGUACCUUCCAAACGCAAAAACGUGGUUAGACGAUACAGCGCCACUUGCAAAUUUUCAGGAGGUCAUUGGGGAGGAAGACAACGUCGAGUAUAAAUUCCGAAAUGGUAAAGACGACGACGACGAUUCAUCGAAUAAAAAGAAGAAGAGUGGUGGAUGUGUCUUCCUUUAA